AUGAUAACUUUUCUACACAUUAUUGUUUCAAUUCUUGUAGUGGUCCUAUUUGUUAUUGGAAAUUUUGCCAGUGGGUUCACAGAACUGGUGAAUUUUAUUGGCUGGACCAAGAGACAAAAGAUCCCCUCAGCUGAUCAAAUUCUCACUGCUCUGUCAGUCUCCAGAGUUGGUUUGCUCUGGAUAGUAUUGUUACAUUGGUAUUCAAUAGUGUUGAAUCCAACUUCAUAUAGUUUGGAAUUAAGAAUUACUGUUUACAAUGUCCAGACAGUCACCAAUCAUUUCAGCAUCUGGCUUGCCAGUAGCCUCAGCAUAUUUUAUUUGCUCACGAUUGCCAAUUUCUCCAACCUUAUGUUUCUUCCUAAAAAGAGACUUAACAGUGUCAUUCCAGUGAUAGUGCUGGGGCCUUUGCUAUUGCUGGUUUGUCAUCUUGUGAUGGUAAACAUGGAUAUGAAUGUGUGGAUAAAAGAAUAUGAAGGAAACGUCACUUGGAAGAUCAAAUCGAGAAACACAAUAUACCUUUCAAACUUGACUGCAUCCAUGCUGGCAAACUUAAUACCUUUUACUAUAUCCCUGAUAUAUUUUCCGCUGUUAAUCUGUUCUCUGAGUAAAUAUCUCAAGAAGAUGCAGCUCCAUGGCAAAGGAGCUCAAGAUCCCAGCACCAAGGUCCACAUAAAAGCUUUGCAAACUGUGUUUGCAAAGCUUUUAUGUGCAGUUUCCUCUCUGUUCCUAAUCAUUUCGGUUUGGAAUCCUAGGAGGCUGCCCAAUGAACCUGUCGUCAUGCUCUGCCAUGCUAUUGGAAUCAUAUAUCCUUCAUUCCACUCAUUCAUCCUAAUUUGGAGAAGCAAGAAGCUAAAACAGUAAUUUCCUUUUUUUAAUUGUAUUAUUAUUAUUUUUUUAUUUUUUUGGUCAGAUUAAGUGCUGAGUGAAAGAAUGGAAACUCUCAACUUUCUAGAUUCACCUGUGGGAAAUCCUGUGUUUUCUAGGAGAAAACAAACUGAUGGUGUCUGGAACAUUUUAUACUUUCUACUCAUUUUUCCAUAGAGUAUGUGUUUGAGUAAUUUCCAAAAGACCUAGAAAAGUCUUUUACCAAAGUUAGCAUAAAAGUUAUGUAUGUAUGUGUGUGUAUAUGUAUAUAAAACACUUAAGAGACAGGCACAAUAACAUCAUGUUAAUCAAUUUUUUUCCAAACUGCCAAAUUACACAAAAUAUGGUAAUAAGUUUCUCAGAAUUAUGAAAUCAUGUGUAUUUCACAUAUAUAUUUCAUGUCAUCAUGUUUUAUUUGAAAAAUUUAUGAUCUCUAUUUAUAAUUUUUAAGAACUGACAGCUUAUCUCAGGAAAUCAUUGUUCCUUUCCAUUGUGAUUUGUAUCAUACAUAUGUACCACAGUGUGCUUCAAUAUCAUUGUUUGAACAUCCAAUUUUUGGAUAAUAAGGACAUUCGAUUCUAAAUCAAUAAUGAGGUUUUAUCUUUGGGGUAGUUUUUAUUCCAUCAUGUAUUAAAAUUUUAUGUUUAGUUUAAGGUGAACAGAAUUAUUGUUAGAAAAUGAUUCACACCAUAAAAUUCAAGGGUGACAAAUAUAUUUAGAAUACAUUUUGUGUAUGUCUAAUAUAAACAGCACUGAGGAAAAUUAGAUUAGAUGUAAGUAUGUGAAGAGUUGAGAAAAAAUCAUUUAUAUAAUAAGGAUGAAGAAAGAAACAUAAUUAUGACUUCUUCAAUGCUGUCGUAAGUCUCAAUAUGCAGUUAAAUAUGUCAUUUAUUCCAGUUUUUAAAUUAAAAAAACCUUUUUUGAAGUUGAAACCUGAUGUUGAAUAUUUCAGUUUUUAUUCUAAACCACUUCAGAGCCUCUGACUUGCCAAUUAUCUCCUUUAUCUUCCACAUUUAAAAUUAUUUUUAAACUUUACGUAAAAGAACUCAAAUCUUCCCCAUCUUAGAAAAUCUUCAAUGUAAAAAUGGUAUAGAAAUUAUGGAACAUAAUGAAAGGAAAUUUUCUGCAAAUGUUAAGAUGACAUCUAUGAAAUCUACGUAUUGAUUAUAGAAAAUGUCUUAAAUAUGUAUUUUAUUAUAGUCUUGUAGGUGAUGAAAUGAGAGAAAGUGUAUUGACACAUUCAGUGAUAGCAACUUCAAUUAUAGGAAGGAAAUGUGUAACCUUGUUCAACAAAUAAAUUCCACACAACUGUAUUAAUUCUUGGUGCUAUGAAAUAAUUACAAUGUUAUCUAAACUUUGAGAUAAAUCGUCUCUACAUGUGAUUUAGUUACUUGUUUAUCACACAUUUUUCCUGGUUCAAAAACACCAGAGAUCAUACAGAUCUUGCUUACUGUUGACUCCCCGGACCUAAAAGACAGCACAUAGAGUAAGUGCUCAAAACUGAUAUUUUGAUGAACAAAUAAAUUGGUGAAUACAUGCAUAAAUUAGAUAUAUUGUGAUGGUGAACCAAUGAAAAUGACAGUCAUCACAAAAUCUAUAGUAGCAUGAAUUUUCCUGUUCUGCUUUCAGGUUAUGAUUACAGGCUUAUCCAAGAAGAAGCAUUUCUUAGACCAAAAGUGUGGCUAUUCCACAAUUCUAGAUGAAAUAUCACUACAAUAUAGACUUGAUGAAGCUAUAUCAGAUGUGUGAUGUGGAGACAAGGUAGAACAUGAAAAUCAGAUGGCACCUAUUACAGUACUUUUUAAAAAGCAUAUUAAAGAUUUUUGUAUAUAUGCAUAUAUUUUUAUUGUGAAUGAUAUGUUUGUAUUACGAUAUUUUCUAGCUGGUUAUUGUAUAAACAGUAAUGAUGUUUGAUUUUAGAAAAUUCAAUUACCAAACACCUUACUACAAUGUUAUUUGCAUAUAGUUUUAUUAUCCUUUCUAAAUGAAUACUUUAAUUGCCAUAUUAUAAACUCACAAAAAUGUGAAUGAAUUAUAAUUGUAGAACUGAAUAAAUAUCUUAGCCUCAGGUUUCUAGAACUAGAGCCAAUGUCUGAUAUUAAAGUGAUGAUACUUAUUUGGAAGGUAAGUCCAGGACAGCAGCGGCAAGGACAUGUGGAAAUUGAGGCAAGAGCAGAUGUGAAACAAUGUGUGGUGACGUAUGAUAUGACACUGAUGGCCUCUACUUCACAGUGAGGUGAGAGAGACAGCAUGGGGGUCAUCAGAUGCAUGCACUUGGCUCCCAGCACUUUUCCAGAAGUGCUGCAAGGGGAAACUACAGCCAGCAUUAGUCCAUGGAAGAGAAAGCGUAGGGAGAAUGUAUCUGCUCAGCUGUCAUCUGUCUUUUAUUUUCCCUUGGUCAAGGUUUCCCUAAGGCAAAACUACCAUCUCUCCUAUUCUGCCUUCCAUCAUCCAGUCCCUAGCUGGUGGUUCUGAAAGUCAGACCUCAUGCCCACAGUGUGGUGAUCCAUUCAAGUCCCAAAUGGAAGGAUGAUCUGGGUAAGGCAAGGUGCUGACCAGGGGAAUGGGAGAUGGUUCACUUUCACUCCUUAUGCCACUCAGAUGUGCUCAUGCACUCCAAUCAUGGCAGGCUUUAUAAUCAUAUGACACGCACAGUUGCACAAAGUCUUAUGCUUAGAGGGGCUUGUACUUACAGGGACUCUAUGCUUGGAUUAAUAUUCUGCACCUGCUGUUUUGUUUUAGAGACAGAGGGCACACCUCUGCUGAAGAGGGGAUAGUCUUACUCUAAUUCUCUAGGAGUUUGCUCUCCUCUCUUCUAUGGGCUUAACAGAGAUAGGUACCGAGUCUUAUCAUGCCCUCUAGUAGCUUUGAAUUCUGCUGGAUCAUCUGGCACAAGGGGCAGAGCAGCUUGGGCCAGAGCCUGUAUCUGUUGUAGAGCCCUCUUUUGUUCUGGGUUCCACUUGAGACCAGUAGCCCUUAAGGAAAUUCUGUUAGUACAUCAGAGCAAUAUCCUCAAAUGUAGUAUAUGUUGCCUCCCAAAUCCAAAUAGGCCCCCAAAACACUGUCCCUCUUCUUUAGUGAUAAGAAGUAUAUAUAGGGAAACAUGCCAUAUACUUUAAAAAUGAUGUCUUGAUAUGUGGACCAGGACCACUGAACCCCUAAAAACAUCACCUGUUUUAGGUUCCUGAAUCUGCUGAGGUUUAUCUCUCUUCUUCUGGUAUUUUAUUUCUGUUUAUUGUUACAGUAUUUUACUAUAUUUAAGGAAUACUUUCUGCUUAUGGGUACUACUUAAUGUAAUAUAAUUAAUAUAUUGAACUAGCAUGAUGUUUUGCAAAAUAUCAAUUAAACUAAAAGUAGAUAUGACAUAGUCCUGAUAUAAAACAGUGAAGCAGUGGUAUUUUUCUUACUGUAUUUACCGGAAGCUAUGCUUUGCUCAGUUAAUGUCCCACACCCUGGAGAGCAUUUGCAAGUGCAAUCUAAGUUUGUGAUAAUCUGCAUUCGUGGUAUAAUUUAUCUGGUGUUUGCAGAGACCAGAUGGGUUAGCUCAAUAGGGAUAUCAAUGGGACUGCCACCCCCGACCCCCAUAACUUUCAAGUUUGUUGCGGUGUCAGUGAUCAAUUCUACUUCUUGAAAAAUGCAGUUAUUAUUUUUUCAUUAUGGUCUUGCCAGGAGUGAUGAGUUUCAGAGGCUUCUGCUUGUUACUCCUUACAAUAAUGACCCUAAGUAUACAGGUCAGGAAACAAUGUGAGAGUUCUGCCAGAUAGGUGAUAAUGACAAGCCCAUUAUGUCCACCUUGGGAUGGUCAUGAGCCAAAGCUCUAGGUACCAUCUGACCUUCAAAAACUCACACUCCAUCCCAUGGACCACAGUCUUUUUAGGUACCCAGAUAUUAGUGUUAAUUCAGGCCCCACACCUAAAACUCUCAGAUACUAUGUAUAUGUGGUGUCGUUUCCUCUGGGUACUGUUAUCUGGGAAAUGGCUACAGGUGUUUGACUAAGCAUCAUAGGAAUACAUCUUGGAUAUUCUUGAUAUUCUUUUUAGGUACCCAGUGGUGAAUUCUCAGCAUCCUUUCUCAAGGGAACUUAAGCUUCCCUUCCAAUUACUGAACUCUGGUUCUCUGAAUUGGCUCAGUCCUGAGAACUGGCUGAGGGACUUUGACUUGGUGAUUUUCCAUUUCAAAGGCUGACUUCAGGAAUCAGCUUUCCAGCUCUGUUUUUCUCUUGUUUUAUAAGUAUUUAUGAAAGUAUGAAGCCUCUUCAACUGUUGGCUUAUAAACCCAUUCCAGUGUGGCUGUUGCUGUCAGCACUUCAUUGAAUCUGACAUUUGCAAGCUCACUAGUGAGUCUGUGUUGCCAAUUAUUAGUCUUCAUGUUGCAUACCCUAUCAGCAGCAUUGAACAUAGUUUAUUUGCAUCCCAGGAUGCAGCACUCUCCUGGUUUUAUCCCUGUUCACUGGGCACCACUUUUCAGUCUGUCUUUGUUAGUCCUUUCUCUUCUCCCUAAACUGACAAUAUCAGACUGCCUGAGGGUUCAAUUGUUUAAUCUCUAACCAAUUAUGUUUUUUUUCUUGGUGAUCUCAUACAGUCUUCUUACUGAUAAUCUAGCCAAAUCAUUCAAUAGAGAGGAAUAAGGCUGAUUACUCAUAUAUGUAUGUGUAUAUAUAUAAAUAUAUAUAUAUAUAUUUAAAUUUUUUAUUUAAUUUUAAGUUCUGGGAUACAUGUUCAGAAGGUGCAGGUUUGUUACAUAGGUAUACAUGUGACAUGGUCAUUCGCUGCACCUAUCAACCUAUCCACUACGUAUUAAGCCCGCAUGCUUUAGCUACUUAUCCUGAUGUUCUCCCCCUACCACCGACAGGUCCCAGUGUAUGUUGUUCCCCUCUCUGCGUCCAGGAGUUCUCAUUGUUCAGCUCCCACUUAUGAGUGAGAGCAUGCAGUCUUUGGUUUUCUGUUCCUGUGUUAGUUUGCUGAGGAUGAUGGUUUCCAGCUUCAUCCAUGUCCCUGCAAAGGACAUGAUCUUAUUCCUUUUUAUGGCUGCAUAGUAUUUCAUGGUGUAUAUGUACCACAUUUUCUUUAUCCAGUCUAUCAUUGAUGGGCACUUGGGUUAAUUCCAUGUCUUUGCUAUUGUGAAUAGUGUUGUAAUAAGCAUACACGUGCAUGUAUCUUUAUAACAGAAUGAUUUAUAUUUCUUUGGGUAUAUACACAGUAAUGAGUUUGAUGGGUCAGAUUGUAUUUCUGGUGCUAGAUCCUUGGGGAAUCCCCAUGUUGUCUUCCAUAAUGGUAGAACUAAUUUACAUUCCCACCAACAGUGUAAAAGCAUUCCUAUUUCUUCACAGUCUCGCCAGCAUCUGUUGUAUUUUGACUUUUUAAUACUUGCCAUUCUGACUGGUGUGAGAUGAUAUCUCAUUGUAUGCCAUUCACAUUGGUGAUUAUAUGUAUAUUUUUAUUCAUAUAUAUAUAUUUACAUAUAUCACAUUAUGUAAACUUUUUUUUUUCUUGAGUAGUCAAAGUUACAUUUAAAAAGGAAUACUACCGGUUGGGCGCAGUGGCUUAUACCUGUAAUCCCAGUACUUUGGGAGGCUGGGGCGGGUGGAUCACGAGGUCAGAAGAUCGAGACCAUCCUGGCUAACACAGUGAAACCCUGUCUCUACUAAAAAUACAAAAAAUUAGCCGGGCAUGGUGGCAGGUGUCUGUAGUUCCAGCCACUCGGGAGGCUGAGGCAGGAGAAUGGCGUGAACCUGGGAGGCAGAGCUUGCAGUGAGCAGAGAUCGCACCACUGCACUCCAGCCUGGGCGACAGAGCAGGACUCCGUCUCAAAAAAAAAAAAAAAAAAAAGAAUACUACCAAAAAGCUAGGGAGACUAAGGAAGUUUCAAUAGUUUUACUUUAAUUUUUGCUAAAUGAGAGUUACAGGGACCUGGCUUCUAAAAUUUAAAAGCAAUAUAGGCCAGGAAAGAUAAGGGAGGAUAUGAGGAGAGGCUGAUUAAGGGGUACAAAUGUAAAGUUUAAUAAAAGACAUAAGACCUAGUGUUUGGUAGAUCUGUAGGGUGACUACAGUUUACAGUAAUGUAUUUAAAAAUAGCUGGAAGAGAAUGAUUCAAAUGUUUCUAAUAUAAAGGAGAAAGAAAUGUUUAAGAAAAAGGAUACCCGAAUUACACAGAUUUGAUAUUUAUGAAUUCUACGAAUAUAUAAGUUUGGUGCAAAAGUAAUUGCAGUUUUUGCAAUUUAAAAGUAAUAAAUUAUCACAUGCACUCCCAAAAUAAAUUUAAAAAUACAUAAAAAAUAAAGUGAGAAGAAAAAUCAGCAAUAUAGGUGUUGAUUGAUGCAUGGGGAAUUUUCAUUAUGGACAUAAUAAUCUCAGUAGAGAAAUAUAUAGACAGGAUGAUGGUUGUUCAACCGAGUUUCUCCUCUGCAUUUGAUACAGUUAGUACAUAAAUUUGGAUGCAUAAAAAAGUUAAAAUGAAACACACUAGUCUGUUCUGUAUACACCUAAAUGUAACUUUAACACUGAAAUGGAUUAAGACACUGCUCUUUUCUGAGGAACUGACUUGUUAUUCUAAUUUCUGGAUGUAGUGUGUGGGAAUUAUUAUUUUUGCCGCUGUUUUUCUGAAAAAGAUUGUGUUUCCCUAAGAGCUGUUGUUCCAAUGAAAACCUAGUGUUCUCAGCCCAGCAUGAAUGAUGCAAGUGCUGAGGGCCUUUGGGUGAGACCCUCUGGGAUUAUUGUAGCUCUCACUGGAGACUUGAGCUCUGCUCUCUUUUCAAAGUAUCCAUGAAGUCUCAACGGAACCCACCACACAACCCCCACCCACCAUGGUAGUUUGUCUUUCUCUUUGUCUUCUUUCCCAACCUCGUCUUUAUUGCCUGGAUAUAGCGAGGCCAGGGUAACCUUCUUGUCUCUACAUGGAUAGUACGUUUGUACUUCUAGCCUUGGGAUUUUUCCUUAAUAUUUGUCCAUGCUAGCUGAGUUUGCCUUUUCAAUAGCUCUCUUGACUAAAUGUACGGUAAUUUCCAAGAUAUUUGGUUUUAUUUUAUUUUAUUUUUGCUUAGCAUUGCUUCAGGGGACUGAAGGUGACGGAUCAGUUCUUCAUAGUGGAACACCUUGCAACUUUCUCUGCCAUCUUUGACGUUUAUGAGGCAUAUUUUUCUACUUUCUUUGGUAGCUGUUGCUGAAUUUGUUUCAUUGGUGCUUUGCUCACUUUACUUACUUUUUUAGCUAUUGAAGAAGAAUGACUGUAUCAUACUGCUGAUUUCCCCAUCUUGGCUAGACAGUAUGUCAUCCUUUAUCUACAUUGGUCCCUGUAGUGAGGAUCAUGGAGCAGACAUUGCUGGGAGAGUGAGUAUAUGUGAAAAAAAUGUGAAGGUAUUUGGUGCUGAUGAAGCAAUGUGCUCUACUGGGCAGGGGAGAGGCACAGAAUAAGGAUUCUUGCUAUGUGGAUGGACUCAUUCAAACACAGUGACUGCUUUAUGAGACAACAGAUAGACUUCCACCUCUUCUCACAUGUACAGAAAAACUAUUUCCAAAGUCUCCAGAAUAUUUACGUUUAAUACUAUUUAAUAUAAACUCGCAAGUCUUUUUAAAUGUGUUUAAAACUAUCACAGUACUAAACAUGAACUAGAUGCAUAAUAAAUGCUGAAAGUAAAAAGCCUGAAUUGUUAAAGUGAAAAGAGAAAAAGUUUUAGAUCCCAAAUAAAUGUAUGUGUUUGUGUGUGUGUGUGUGUGUGUGCGCGCGCGCACAUGCGCGCACAUGUUUGGUGUGCAUGUACUUGUAAAAAGUAAAAUAAUUAGAAAAGUAUUAUUCUUGGUACCCAGCAUUCUAGGAAUAAUAUCUUCCACAAGAUUAUUAGAAAACUCUGCUACUUUGUAGGAGGAGCUUUGGAUAACUAUGAAUAAGUCCCUUUACAGACUUAACUUUAAAAAACCAUCUGAUUUUUCUUUAUUUUCUUUAUUUUUAUUGUAAAUUGACAUAUUUUACUUGCAUACAUUUAUGAGGUAUCAAAUGUUAUUAUGAUUUAUGAAUACUAUGUGGAAUAAUUAAAUGAAACUAAUUAACUUAUCAAAUGAUAAUAUAUUAACAUAACAAAUGACUGGUAACAAAUUUUUUUUAUGGUGAGAACAUUUGAAAGUUACUUUUUCAGCAAUUUUUUAAUGUACAAUACACUAUUAUUAACCAUACUCACAAUGCUGUUCAAUAGAUCUCAAAAAAGCAAAACAAAA